UAUUUGAAGCAACUUAUUCAAAUCGUAGUUCCAUUAGUAAUAAUUAUAUAAAGAGUAUCUCGAAAUUUGUGAACAAAAUAAUAGAAUAUAACAGAAAAGGCAAUAAAUGGAUUCCGAUUACCACUGGCUCAUAACCAUUGGACUCGUGACGUCAUCCGUCAUCGCUGUCACAGCCAACUUUUUUUUGUUGUUCGUUUUUUGUAGACGAAGAGGACUUCGAACGGUUCCUAAUAGAUUCAUCAUCAAUCUCUUAGUCACCAACCUUCUGUCCAGUAUUCUACUGAUUCCCCUGCUACUGGUUGACGCAGACAGCUACUCUUCCAUUCAACCAUCACCAGUCAACCAAACAAUUCGUCGCAUCGAUAUCCUUAUUGACACCGAAGAGAUCAGAAGCGAUCCCACAUCAGACACCAUAGAAAUCAUCAGCUCUGCUGAUAUAAUCUCAGAGAAGGAACCGAGUAUAUCAAUUAUCAAUGGAACGACUGCCUUAUGUUACUUGGCUCAGAGCACCACGAGCUUUAUAUGUACUGCCUCGAUAUUCAGUAUACUCUUAAUAGGAAUUAACCAGUAUUUCGGCGUGAUACAUUCGUUGCGGUACCAUUUCUACAUCAACAGAUGUCGCUCUAGUAUAUUUAUUGGAAUCAGUUGGUUCGUCGCGCUUUUUUGCGCUAUACUCAGCUCUCUAACUUACAGCGACAGUAGUGUGUGGCAUUUUUGCCAAAACAGACCUCCACCCAGUGAGAGUGUGAAAAUCUUGAACACUUUAUACGCUUUCAGCUACUUUUUCCUUGUGAUAUUGGCUCCGUUUGUAGCGAUCUGUAUCAUCUACGUGUGUAUCUACACAGCUGCUCAUCAGAACAGCGAACGAAUGCGAAGAUCAGCUUCGGCACCGUUGAAUCCAAAUAUAGAUUGCACUCAGAUCGCUUCUCCUGUAAAUUCUAGUCAAGAUAAAUGUAAGGAGGUUCUUCCAAAGGUACAUUCCGCUCCGGAAUUUUCCAGUUUGGGACAAGAAAAGUCCUUCGUUAUCGGUGACGAUAAGAACAGGAAAGUCAGUAGGACACCCAGUGACCGGAGCUCCCAUAGCUUCAUCAGUAAUUUGAAGCAUAAAAUAUCCAAUGCUUCCGUUUUCAAGUACCGCGAGGAAACUCGAGCUGCUAAAAUUAGCAUUAUAGUAAUAUUUCUUGUAUUAGUGUGUUAUUUACCCUACGGUAUAACUUUAGUUUUGUGUAGUAAGUGUAUAGAAGUGAAUACUAGCCAAAUUUUCAACUAUUUGUCUUUAAUACUACUGGUAUUCUCCAAUAUCAUCUCCCCUUUUUUGUUUGGAUACAGAAAUAAGAGAGUAAAAAGGGAGAUUUGUAAAAUGUUCAACUUAUCGAACCAUUCUCAAAACCUUGAUAUCAUCGAUAGACCUAGGAAACAUUCUGGCAUUAAAAAUGCUAGCUUCGAAUGUUUAGAGCAAAACCUGGAUGAUCCAAAAUCUAAUUUUUUGCAAACUAGGGUGAUUCCAGAGGUAGUAGUAACGUGUAAAAAUGAAAACGAGAGAAAAAGCAUUUUGAAGAGGGUGUGCAACUCUUCAAAUUGGGCGAACUAUAAAAAGUGCAAUUUCAUUACUGUGCCAGAUAGUUGUAUUAGCGGCGAAGCCAGGGGAUCAUUCUCUAGCGCUAGCACGCAAAUGUCCACAGAAGAUUAGUGUAAGGCUGACGUCAGUGGCGUACUAUUUCUUAAGGGGUAAUAAUUUUUCAAUUAACAGGCGAUAAUAAUUUCAAAAUUAAAAAGAAUUCUUUAAGCUUUAGUUUAGAAUGACGAACUCUGGGAAUUCCUAAGGAAUGGAUCAUAUUUUAUCUGUAGCUUCUGAAAUGUAAAAUAUUGUUUUUUGCUACUGGGAGUUCAAUAUUAUGACGUAUUCUGUUGAACCAACAUAGCUUAUGUAGAAUUUGCGAUAUGCCAAAAAUUAUAGCUCGAUUUUUUCACGUCAAAAAACCUAAUUGUAUGUUUAUGUGUGAAAAAAUUGAAUUUAUAUCAUAACUGAAUAAUUUUAACACCAUGUAUCUCAGUAAGAAUUAAUCUUUUCUUAUCUACAGUUAUUGAGAAAUAAAUUAAUAUUGCCUGCUAUUGAAUCUACAGGUAAAAUAUUAUCCAUUCCUUAUGAAUUACCUUUUAUACUUGUAUAUAAGAUCUAAAUUUAAAUACACGAAAAUUCAUGAUGUAAAUAUUUCGUAAAAAUGAAUAUUUUUAAUGUCAGUUUUAAUUUGCAAAGUACAUUGCUGUUGUUGAAAGAGUCUUCACAAAUACAAUAUUCGAUAUAUUUUGAUUCUAUUUUUUUUAUGUAUUUUAAGACCUAAGCAAAGUAUUUACUUACAUUGAAUACAUAUUCAA